AUGCUUCGAAUCAAACCUAAUCCGACCACAUCUAUUCUUGUUCCUCAUCGACAACAACAACAACAACAACAAACAGAGUAUGUACCUUUGAAAAAAGUGAGUAUUGACGCAACAAUUCGUGCAUUUGCUGCGGAUGUAACUAUUACACAAGUAUUUCGCAACGAUGAAAAAACAUCAAUCGAAGCAGUUUAUUGUUUUCCUAUUGAAGAACAAGCAGCAAUUUACAAAUUUGUCGCUCGAAUUGAUGAUCGAAAAGUUAUUGCUGAAUUAAAAGAGAAAAAAGAAGCACAACAAGAAUAUAACGAUGCUUUACAACAAGGUCAUGGCGCUUAUCUAUUGGAACAAGAUGAAAAAUCUCAAGACAAUUUUAUAAUUAAUGUUGGUGCUUUAUUACCAUCAAAAGAAUGUACAAUUACUAUUAGUUAUGUAACAGAAUUGGAACUUGUUCAAGGAUCAACUAUUCGAUUUGUUAUUCCAACAACAAUUGCACCACGUUAUAAUCCUGAGAAAAGUGGUAUUGCAUCACCAGCUGGUACGAAUUCGAAAUAUGUUCAAUCAAGUUCAUAUACCAUAGAUUUUCGUUGUCAAAUUGAAAAACUAGUUGCAUCUCUUGAAGAACAAAUAACUCGAGUUAGUUCAUCAUCACAUCCAAUUGAAAUUAAUUUAGCACAACAAGAUGCGUAUGUUGUAACAUUUGCUCAACAGAAUACUCAUUUGGAUCGAGAUAUUCUAAUUAAUAUUGAAUUAUCCAAUAAACGAAAUAAUACUAUUGUUGCUGUUGAACCAGGUGCUGUAAUGGCUGCUUUUAUUCCAACAGAAGAAGAAUGUCAACAAGUAUCGAAGAAUGAUUUAACUAAUGAAUUUAUUUUUGUUGUCGAUUGUAGUGGAUCAAUGCAAGACGAAAAUAAAAUUGGAUUAGCUCGACAAGCAAUGUUACUCUUCUUCAAGAGUUUACCAGUCAAUUGUCAUUUUAAUAUCAUUCGAUUUGGCUCUCAAUAUAAACCUCUCUUCAACGAAAUUACCGCUAUUUACAAUGAGAGUAAUGCGAAACAAGCUGAAGAACUUAUCCAGGGAAUGCAAGCAGAUCUUGGUGGAACUGAAUUGUUGCGACCUCUACAAUGGAUUGAAGAACAUCCACCUACUCAAGGUCAUGCUCGUCAAAUAUUUCUUUUAACCGAUGGUGAAAUUUCAAAUGUAACACAAGUGCUUGAUCUCUGUCGUUCAAUGGCCACAUCAACUCGUAUAUUUUCAUUUGGUUUAGGUCAAUCACCUAGUCGAUCGUUAGUAAAAGGUCUCGCUCGUGCAACCAAUGGUCGAUUUGUUUUUAUUCCACCAAAUGUAAACGUCGAUAUAUAUGUUGGAGAACAAUUACAAAAAGCUCUUCAACCAUGUAUUACUAAUGUUCAUGUCAAAUGGAAUCUUGGAGUUCCUGUGCAAACUGCUCCAACACAUUCCCCACCAGUUUAUAUGAACGAUCGUUUAAUUAUCUACGCUCUGCUCGAUGAUAAAACCACUGUUUUUGAUCACAAUUCAUCUGUCGAAUUACAAACAGGAUCCGAUCAUCAUUCACUUGGCGUGGCUAAAAUUAAUCGUAUACCAAAUAUAAGCAAUAACGGUAUACUAGCUCGUCUAGCAGCUAAAGCACUCAUUCUUGAACUGCAACAUAGUAAACUACCGUCAUCAAAUACCGGCAAGGUAACAUCAGGUUCAAAACAGUCGCGUUUUCAAGAACUUCAAGAAACGACAACAACAAAAGUAGAGAAAAUGGAAACAUCAUCGGAAGAAACAAUUAAGCAACAGAUUAUUGCAUUAUCAUUGAAAUAUAAUAUUUUAAGUCCUCAUACGGCAUUUGUUGGCAUAGAAAAACGAACAAAUGGAAAUAAUGCCGAUAUGGUUCUCCGCGAAGUGCCUAUUCAAAUUUCUGCUGACGAUCAACAUUUACAAAUACCAACACAACAACUGUUCUUUGCUGGUAGUGCUAGCUGUGGUAGCGCUGUUAGACACAGUCCGAUGAUGCCUGCAUUUAGCAACGCUAGGGCCAAGCGCUCUAUGGCCAUGCCACCAAUGUCAUCAUGUGCAAUGCCACCAGUACGAUCGUCGCAUGUACAGCUUGACUGUGUUACGACUUCCUCUGCAUCUGCUGAUUACGGAAUGGCCUCGAUGGAAUGGAAUGCUACAGUCGCCCCUAAGUUAAGCCCUAUGCCCAAGAAAGAAGAGAAAAAGUCUUCGGAGAAAGAAACUUGGCCAUCGAAUGACCAAGACAUCGUACGAUAUUUGAUCAACAAACAAACAUUUGAUGGUUUAUGGGAUCUUGACUCAAACACAAUUAAGAAUUUGACUGGAAAAACACUUGGAGAAUUCGUAUCGGGAAAUAGUGAAGUUGAGAGUCAAAUACUGGUCUCAGCCAUUAUCAUCGCUGCACUCGAGAAAAAUUUUGCUGCGUUGACAACGAUGUGGUUCGGUAUCGUCCAAAAGGCUCGCAAACGUCUUAUUGAUCUCUUUGGAGGAGACUCUAAAAAACUCGAUCAACUUCUUGAAAAUAUUCAUAAAGAAUUUUAA